CGCUGAGUGGGGUCCUCUGUCCCAUAGUCUCUUAUAACAGGGAGAUUGAAGUUGAAGGCGGUUGACCAAGAUGCCAGAAGAGAUGGCGGACGGUGGGAGGAAGCUUGUGACUCUUGAUGACCUCAUCGAUGCCCUGGACAAGCGUGAGAGGGCGCCGAGCAACGUCCCAAAGGUCGAGACAUUCCACUUCAAAGGGGAUCGGGUAUCUGAUUGGUUGGAUCUGACAGAGCAGGCGCUGGUGGGACUGUCAGAUGAGGUCAAGCUCCAGCGGGUCCUGAGGAAGUAUAGGCUGGGGGACGGCCUGUUGACCAUGGCCGACUUGGAGGCCAUGAACAAGGAAGACUUCUCUACCAUUGGGGCGUUUGUGCACGAGUUCAAGAAAAGGGCGAGGAAAGUGCACGGGAUUUCUGAGGAGGCGCAGUGCGCCACAUUUUUGGGGCUGCUUACAGGCUCGGAGGCCACAGAGUUGACGAAGUAUGGGGAAGGAAGCGAGAGGCUCACUUGGGCAACGAUUGACAAGGGAGUAGAAGAAGGGAGCCUGGACCAGGUGGAGCAGCACCAAAUGAGGUUGCAAAGGCGCAAGUGGAAGGAGAGGGAUGCUACUGCAUCCGGGACCCCAGGGGUGAAGAGAAUAGUCACGGACGUGUUGGCGGCUUUAGGGUAUGAUAGCGAAGCAGAACUACAGAAAAGAGUGGUGGUAGUGGCCCAAGGCCGGGCGUCAGGAGCCCACGCGGGGCACAUGGUCCCCUAUUCAGGCCCAUCCGCAAGUAUGGGCCCCCCGAGCUACCCGGCGACUCAAAGCCAGCCCGUGGCUCAACCGCCGCCCUCCCAGCAGGCCUCGCAAGCUAGUGUGGCCGGUGGAGGAGACCAAGGACAAGGCGGGCAGGACAAUGGGGGCCGGGGCCAAGGAGGUAGAGGAGGGGGCGGCCGGGGGCGAGGAGGAAAUGGUGGAGGCCAUGGAGGAGGCUGGAAUGGUCAAGGGGGUCAGAACCAAGGUGGCCAGGGCAGCCAGGGAGGGGGCCAAGGGUACGGGAGGCCCCGCUUCGACUGGCGGAACGCAACUUGUUGGCAUUGUGGCGAGGUGGGCCACACCGUACGAUUCUGCCAACAGCGGCGGGAUGACGAAAAGGCAGGAUUAAUCUCCACCUGUAUGGACGGGGAUAUAUACGACUGGUGGGGAACGCACAUUGACCCCAAGACCCCAGGAGGAAUCAGGCAGGAAGCCCUCAGGCGCGCAACGGCCGGGCCUCCAGCAGCCCCGGCAAUGUUCAGGAUAUGGCAAGAAAGGCAAGACCCCGGCGUAAGGGUCGAGGAGAUUGUGGAUGAAAAUGAGAAAGUGACUCAGCGGCUGAAGGCGGGGACUAUAAAGGAGGAGCCCACAGUUGUUGAGUCCGAUGAAGAGGCGCAGGAAGUAGUGAGAGAGUCAGCCUCGACCAUCCUGGAGAGAAUGGAGGGCCUGCUUGCAAAGGUCGGCAGGUAUCAGGAACGGCUAAGGGCGAUGUGUGGAAAGGCGCGGGAGUGGGAAAUGAGCCUUCCUGAGGUGAUGCUCUAUGGGUCCGGUCUGGAGUCGUCAUCAGGACCACAAGGAUGUCCAAGCGUGGCGACGGCCGGGACAGGUCCUAGGUCAGGGAUGACCUUUAGACCCCCUACGUCGCAUGGAAGGGUACCACAGGCCGCGCAGACUAGGGGCCAAAGUAAGGCUACCACCAGUCAAGGGCCUUGCCAGGCACCCAGUCGGGCGCCCCUUCGAAAGGACUCUGAGCCUGAACGAAGGAAGGAAGUGGUAGAGGUUCAAGAAGAGGAAGAUGAGGGUGAUGAUGAAGAGGAUGAGAGGCUCCGUCAGGAGGAGGACCGGAGGGCGGAACAGAGGGUCAAGAAGAGAGGGGCUCAGGGAGGGGCGGAGCCGAGUCUGCAUGAUGGCGUGCCAAAGAGAAAAAAGUACGCGGUCCGGCUGGAGGAAGGCUUUGAUGUGGAGCGAAUGGUGGACAAGCUCCUGGAAUGCCAUAACGAUUUGAUGAAUCUAAAGGACAUUUUGGCCUCGGCACCAAGGCUCCGUGGUGAGCUGAAAGAGCGGCUCUCGAUUAAUCGGGAGAGUAAGGGCGCGAACGUGCUUCUUCGUCAUGCCGAAGUCGACCACCCUAUUCUUCUGGGGAGGUCAUUCCUCUGCCGGACGGAGACCUUGGUCUUCAACAGGCACGAGGGGACGAUGAUCCUGGCUCUAUCCGAUCCUGCUUGCGGAAACUACGAAAUCAUCAAGUGCCGGAACACGGGGCCCGGAAGUGCGAGGAAUAGGCUCAACCUCGGCUCCUUUACCUUCGAGGAGUCUGAGUACGCGCGACGGAGACUCCGGGAGGAACAGGAGGGGGAAGGAGCAGGCGAGGUGCUGUCCCUGAGCCUUAACGAUAUGAAUAAGGCAAUGGAGGUGGUGGCGGCGCAUGACAUGGCGGACCCUGUGGCUAUAAAGGCGUUGAGGAAGCAGGCAGGGCCGUACCGCAUCAAUAAUGAGAAUGAGGAAGGGUUGAUAAUUGGCGAGUCUGGCUUCCUGUCGCCCCAGGAGAGGACCUUGAUGGUGGAGACCAUGAGGAGGAGGCAUUGCACGUAUGCGUUUAAUGAUGACGAGCGUGGGAGGUUGGACGUGGAUAAGAUCCCGAUGAUACGAAUCCAUACCGUCCCACACGAGUCAUGGAACCUGAGGGGCGCGCGGUACCCGAAUCCGGAUGAGGAGAAGAAGGUGGUGGAUUACUUGGAUGGGAAGAUGAGGACGUAUGUGGCGGAUUACUCCAGUGGACCAUAUGCUUCCCCUUGGUUCUGUUUUAUCAAGCCGAACAGAACGUUGCGGUGGGUGCAGGAUCUGCAACGACUGAAUGCAGUGACGUUGCGGGACGCGAGAGGAUUGCCGAACAAGGACGCCCUGUCAGAAUCAUGCGCAGGAAGGCCUAUAAUCUCACUUAUAGACCUUGACUCUGGGUAUGACCAGUUUUCUAUGUACCCACCGGAUAGGCCGGUGACGGCGAUGCACACGCCAAGGGGGCUAAUCCAUAUGAACGUGGCGCCUCAGGGGUGGACUAAUGCGGUGGCAAUGGUGCAAAGGCACAUGAUUAGGGCUAUGCUGAUGGUUAGUCCACAUAUCACUCAGCCCUACAUUGACGAUUUGGCGGUCAAGGGUCUAAAGGAGAAGGAGGAAGGAUUAGUGAUGCCAGGAGUAAGGCGGUUCGUCUGGAAGCACGUCCAGGAUAUCGAUCAGGUUCUGCGUCUGCUGGAAGAACACAACCUGACGGCGAGCGGCCCCAAGUCGAAACAUUGUAUGAGGGAGGCCAUGAUUCUGGGCUUUGUCUGCAACAAGAAGGGGCGGAGGCCAGACGUGAAGAAAACGGAUAAGAUCCUAGAGUGGUCAGUCCCCUUCCAGUCGAUAACGGACGUGAGGAGCUUCCUUGGGACAUGUGGGUUUUGGAGGAGUUUUGUGAAGGACUUCGCCACCAAGACGGAGCAUUUGAGAAAGCUCGUGCAUCAGGAUCAGGAGUGGGUCUGGGGCGAAGACCAGGAGAAGGCUGUGGAAAGGAUGAAGAGAGAAUUCAAGGAAGGAGGCUUGGUGUUGGGAGCGCCAAAUUACGAGGCUACGGAGGAGAAGCCAUUCAAUGUCGAGACGGACGUUGGGCCAACUGCCUUAGGAGGGGUCCUGAUUCAGGCAGAUGCGGAUGGGAAGGAAAGGCCGUUAAGGUCUGACUUUUCGAAGGCAGUCAUGCAGAGGGGCGGGAGGGACACACGGCCACGCCAGGGGCUCCAGAGAAUGGCGGGAGGGGGCGAGCAGCAUGGGCUGCCUAGGAGGGAGCUUACGCCUGAGUUUGAUGACGACAAUAUUGAGCUCUUCUUGGACGUAUAUCGGGACCAUGCGGCACAGAAAGGGUGGUGCCGUGCUGGCUGGAGACUGCUGUCCGUUAAAGAUGCCAUUGUUGAGGUCGAAGAGCUCACCGGCUGCUACUGGUUACGAAAUUGCUGCCCAGAGAGCGGUUGCUCGCUAUCAGUCGUCGGCGGUGGGUAUGACUGAGGGGGUUGCCACCGUGGGACGAGUCAGCCGCUGCAGUUCAGCUGCUACUUGUUA